UGACCUGAAAUGGGAGGAGAGUCAAAAGGACAGGGGCAGAGCACGGCUACAAAAGCUGGCAAAGCAGGCCUGGCCUCUCAGGUGUGAGGGUUCCUCUCUGCACAGCCCACACCAUGCUGGUGACACUGCUUCUCCCCUUCCUGUGCCUCCUGAGCCCGGCCACUGCUGGGAAGCUGCUGGUGAUCCCCAUGGAGGGCAGCCACUGGCUCAGCAUGAAAAAAGUGCUGGUGGAGCUGAGCAAGAGAGGGCACGAAAUCGUGGUCGUCGCACCGGACAACAAAAUCCUGAUCGAUUCCGCAGAUGUCUAUGAACUAAAAACCUACCCUGUGCCAUUCACGAAGGAGGACAUGGAAGAACACAUACACUCUGCUAGUGCAAGAGCUUUCAGCCAAGAACCUUUCUUGGUGAGAUUCUGGAAGCUUUUGGGAGAUUAUCGGAAGAGCGGGACUAUGUUUCAUGCUUCCUGCAAGUCCUUGCUGUACAACCACGAGCUGAUGAAGUACAUCGGAGACAGUCACUUCGAUGCCCUACUCACGGAUCCCGUGUCACCUUGUGGGCAGAUCAUUGCCCUGCACUUCUCCAUCCCCAGUGUUUUCUUUCUGCGGCUGGUCCCGUGUGCCUUAGAUGUUCACGCAGCUCAGGGCCCGGACCCGCCGUCCUAUGUCCCACGCAUGUUCUCGGAAAACACGGACCACAUGACCUUCUCUGAGAGGGUGAGGAACUUCCUGAUUGCUCUUUCUGAGUCCUUCAGCUGCAAUAUUGCCUAUUCUCAAUUUGAAGAGCUGGCCUCAGAGUUCCUCCAAAAACCGACGACAAUGACGGAUCUUUUAAGUCAUGGAUCCGUCUGGCUGAGGAGAAUUGACUUUGUCUUUGAGUAUCCCAUGCCUGUCAUGCCCAACAUGGUUUUCAUUGGAGGCAUCCACUGUGGAGAGAAGAAGAAGCCAUUAUCUCAGCUGAAAUCAGACACAGAAAUUCUCAGGUGGUGGGAAGCGCUGGUGAUCCCCAUGGAUGAGAGUCACUGGCUUAGCCUGCACUUGCUGCUGGUGGACCUGAGCCAGAAAGGCCACCAAAUUGUCACCAUGGCACCAGAAGUGAACUCGACUCUGGAGGUGUCUGCGCAUUAUGCCUCAAAAGACCCUUAG